GUGCAUGGGCCAUCCCGGAUGAUAUGGCUAAGGCAUCAGUGGAUGGGGUGAAGUCUACAGCUACUGCAGGCUUUCUGGCUAUGAAGAGAGGAGGCAGUGCAUUGGAUGCUGUUGAGCUGUCUGUUAGGGCCUUAGAAGAUAACCCAACCUUUGAUGCAGAUCAUGGAGCAGUACUGAAUACUAAUGGAGAAGUGGAGCUGGACUCCAUCAUUAUGGAUGGAAGGACUCUAGCUGCUGGAGCUGUGUCUUCGGUGAAGACCAUCUCCAACCCUGUGUCACUGGCCCGCGCUGUGAUGGAAAAGACCGACCACAUCAUGUUGACAGACAGAGGUGCAAACAUGUUUGCUGAAAGCGUUGGCAUACCUGCAGUCCCUACAAACACCCUGGUGACAGAAUGUGAGAGAACGGAGAGGGAGAAGGCCAAGAAUUAUGCUGUUGAAGUGAAGGAGCUCUUCAACUCUCAAUGGGGCCACGAUACUGUAGGAGCUGUUGCUGUAGACUGUUCUGGUAAUGUUGCAUGUGCAACUUCCACUGGAGGAAUAAGAAACAAAAUGGUGGGCAGAGUAGGAGAUCAUAGUUUUAUUUGACCUUCUCUUGUCUCUGGUAAAUAAGGGUCUGGUGGGUAUGCAGACAACCUGAGUUGGGCAGUAUCCUGUACUUGCCAUGGAGAGUCCAUCCUGAAAGUCACCCUAGCCAGACUCUUCCACGUAGAGCAAGGUAAACGUGCUCCUGAGGCUGUAGAGGUCUCUUUGCGUUACAUGGGUGAUCGGGUACGGGGAGGAGGAGCUAUAUUAGUUUCCCGGACAGGGGAGUGGGCAGCCAAGUUCACCACAGAGCGAAUGGCCUGGGCAGCAGUGGAGAGAGAGGUUCUGUGGUAUGGUUUGAACCCAAAAGAAGAGUUCAAAGAGACACUAAGACAAUAACAGCUUAUUCUAUAUUUUGUUGGGGGAGGGGGGAUACAUAGAUUUUUAAAAGUGUUAUUGCGGAACACAGUGCCAGAUUGACAAAUGGAGCCUACUUACUGGAAUUUUGUUGGCAAGAGAAUUUAAAGGACCAGAGAAAUCUAUAUGUGUUUGUGUUUUCAAAAUGUUGUGGCAUUUUAUCACAGAAUAUAUUUGAUAAAAGCUUGGUCAGUUUGAGAGUUUUAAAAUGGUUUAAUUUUCUAUGUAAAUGUCAUGAUUUAUAAAUGUUUAAUAUGGAUGUUUUUGUAAUAAUUAAAACCUGAGGAAAAAACAAACUUUAUUAAAGCAA